AUGGUUAACUCAUCAGCAGAGACCCACCAUCGAGCUACAACACCUGCUGCCGAACCUCAGCCGGUAUUAAACGUAUUAUAUUUUCGAGGAAUACCCAAACCCAGGGAAACGACAUGCUCAGAUCACAAGCUCCCGCAGAAUACUAAAGAAACCCUAGAGCAAAAUCGAGAUUUAAAAAUAAUCGAUUGUAUCACAUUAAAUGCAAUUUAA